CAAUCAGCUGAAUAAUGUGCUGAUGAAGCUCCUGUCUGGCAAACAUGAUCCACGUGUAGAAUUGAUUUAUUUUAUAUUAACAGCCAGCCUUUCUUAAAAGUUGUCAAAUCGUUUAACCCUGUCAGCAGAAAUAUUUGCACACCGGACUGACAGCCAAGUUGAGAAUGAAUCUCUCGAGUUAGAAUGGGUGUGUCUGCCUUUCCACAAUGACAAAAGAAGUGGCAAUUGACAGCAAAACAUGGUGCUUUACAUGCUGAAAAGUUCCUACCUUGAGGAGAAACUCCUUCCCAUCCGUGCGGAUCUCAAACUGACCCUCUUCCCCCUCCGCAUCGUAGUUGAAGCACGCAUCGCCUAUUUCGAUGUGCCCGAGUGGCAAUGCAUCUUGGGGAGUCUUAAAGUAAUACAAAUAACAUUUCCUUGGAUCAUACACGAACCACCUCGGCUUGUACCCCCUGAGAGGCCCCUUGCCGGACAGUUUGUUCAAGUACCCGCACAGCUUGGAGGCCUGCUCCUUCGCGGCCUCGACAUCGGCCACAUCCACAGACUUGAAGGCCAAAAUGCGGGAAGCUGUGCAGGAGUUUGCUUCGCUGCCAUCCUCCACUUCGUGCAUCUUUCCUCUAAGUUUCUUCUUCGUGCGGCGCAGCGGAUGCCCACUCCUGUUUCCACCCGCAUGACUGCCUGCCUCUUGGAGAGUCAUACUCCUUCAGAAAACCUUUGCUUGUAGGAUACAGACUGUUCAGAAGUUGAGAGAAGUAUUUCAAUGUUUGCUGCAAUGACACCCGGUUCAAACCACACACUGGCAAUCUCAAGGAAAGGGAUUGAAAGAAAUUGCUGCGUACUGUACAGACAACAGAAACCCAAAUCUGAGAGGAUCUGCCACUUUUCAGGGUCAAGGACAAAGGAUCACAGACAUACAAAAUCACCCUGCCUCAAGACCUGUCUGACGUUUUGCUUCAAGGACCGGGUGAGGAUGGAGCAAAGGGAACCAUCAGUGGAUUCUCAUGCUGAAGGGACUGAAGGAAGACUCAGGGAACUGGCUUCAAAGUGGUUCAUAGACACUCAAGUGCCACUCAUCGUCCGCAAUGGCUUCUUCCCCACUUGGUUCUUGGGGUUCAUCACGAGAAAAGAUGCUGAAGAAAUACUCAGAGAUAAGGAGCUGGGCUGUUUCCUGAUCCGUCUCAGUGAUAAGGCCAUUGGAUACAUUCUGUCUUAUAAAGGCAGUGAUCGGUGUCGACAUUUUGUGAUAAACCAAAGCGAAUCAGGGCAGUUUGUGGUCUGUGGCGACACUGAACAACAUGACAAAGUCUCUGAUCUCAUAGAAUACUACAAGACAAGCCCCAUCGAGCCCUUCGGAGAGUACCUGACAUCCUCGUGUUUUGAGGCACUGAAUGAAGGACUUUAUGAUAUCAUCCAGGUGAACCCUAAAGAACAGCCUGUGGGCACUGUCAGAGCUGUGAAGAACACGCGAAAGCAACAGAUGAACCCAGCUCAAGAGCAGCCUCCCACACGGCCACGAAAGAACAACAGGACACUAGAGGAAGUACCACCUUUACCUCGGAGGAACAGGCACCUUGAUGGCCUGAACGAUCAGGACAGGGUUUUGUAUGCUCAGCUCAGGAAGCAAUCACCCAGGGAGAUCCACAUCUGUCAGGACCAUUUACCUGGAGAUAAUCCGGGGAGAGCUGAGAGAUCCACAACCCAGAGUCAGAACAUAAGCAGGUGUAGACCUCCAUCUGAACCGGACUCUGUUUACUCUGAGCUCGACCUGCUGGACAGCAAGAGCAGGUCUCUACCGCUUCUGAACAACAACAGCUCUGACAGAGAGCAGUACAGGCUGAGUGCACCCCCCAACACGCCUCCGAGACUUUCCCCUAAGCCCUUCAGACAAGCCACUCGCUAUAGCCCACCACCAGAGAAGACAGACUCGUGUAGCAGACCGAGCAGCACCCAUAGCCUGGAAUACAUGAGUGACAAUGCUGUCUAUCACCUAGCCGGCAGGCCUGAUAGCCCACACACUACAUCGUUUGAGACAAGAACAUCGUCAGAGCAGUCACAGUCCCUGUAUGCUGAGGUCACCAGUGAAGCCCUCGUUGCCCGCUUCCCCCAAGAAAAUACAUACGAGCUGAUUCCUGGCCUUGUGGACACAGCCAAACUUAAACCCAACCGUCUGGAGGACAUGGGACCCAAACACAACCACUCAUCCUGGGGGUUAAAGAAUGAAAAAUGGAAAUGGCUGUUCCCUGAAGUCAAGAGGAAAUGGUGAAGAGGUUACCUUACCUGCUACAGAAGAAAAUAAUCACUAAUUUUUCUCUGACACUACAGUGGUCCAGCCUGAUGCACAAUCUGUGAAAGCUUCUCUUUUAUAUAUUCAUCAUGGGCUUACAUGCUCAUAGCUAUUCAAAUGACUUCUGUAUUUUUUUAUUUUAAUUUUUAAUGUAUUUAUUUAAAAAAUUAUGAUGCAUUCACAACUUCUUUUCCACGUGUACGCAAAUGUCCUAAAUACAACAUAAAUUGUAUACAGACAUUUUACAAAACUAAUAAUGUCAUUAAACACAAAUCCAU